AUGCUUGCUUUACAUUGCUUGUGUUUAUUAAUACAUUAUUCAAAACAACAACAAUUAAAUCCUAUUAUACGUUCAAAAAUUACUAUUUAUAUUCGACCAUUUUUAUUUGAUUCUAUAUUAAAAAUAAUACAAUUUCAUAAUCAAUUAUAUGAUCGACACAUAAAUCUAUUUUAUGAAACAUUUAAAAUUAAUUUAACAUAUAGUAAAAAAAAAAAAAAAAAAGAACAAUUAUAUUUAGGAACUUAUGAAAGUAAUAAUAUGGCUAAAGCAACAAUUACAUCAACUACUACACCAUCAAGUCUCCCCGUAAGUUUUGUUCGUUUUCAAUCAACAUCUGGUGGUAAUAUAAUUGACGAUCAACGUCUUCGUGAUUAUCUUCAUCGUUUAUUUGAUAUAUAUAAAGAAAUAAUAAAUGAACUAUUUCUUACAUUUCUUGAUAUAUUUUUACCUUAUAUCCAACAACGUUUAACAACUAUGUGGAAUAGUUUAUUAACAACAAUAAUUAAUUAUCAACAAGGUGAAUGUUCAGAUGAAGUUAUUGAAGAAUGUGUUUGCGUUUUAUUAACACGUGAUUUCGUUGAUAUUAUACGAUAUUUUAUUUAUAAAACAACAAUUAUUGGACAAACAAAUUUAAUAAAAGUGGAACAAAAGAAAAAAAAAACAGAAUAA